AUGCGUGAGGAGGCUAGACGUUUAUUCCUCCCUUGUACCAACUGGAGUCUUAUUAAAGGUAAAUGGAUCCGGGACAAUAUCCGGGAUUGCAUGGCGAAGGUAAUCUGGCACAGACUGAUCUGGUUCCCUUCUCACAUCCCUAAAUUAUCUCUUAUCUCAUGGAUGGUCAUUUUUGAUAGAUUGCCUACUAAAGAUAGGCUUGUCCGGUUUGGUUUGGUUAUUGAUAACGUGUGUGGUUUGUGUGGCUCUGGCAUUGAAUCUCGAGAUCACCUUUUUGCUAAAUGCCCUUUUGCAAAGGAAGUGUGGGGUAUUGUUCUAAUUUCUUGUGAUGUUCGUUAUGACCUGAACAGUUGGGAUGAUGUUUUCAACUGGCUGAUUGCAAAUUUGAAGGGCAUAUCCCUUAGAGUUCGUAUCAUGAAGCUUGCUUGGACUGGUCUGCUGUAUUCUAUCUGGGAAGAGCAUAAUCAUAGACUCUUUCGAGGCUCGACUCACUCGGUUGAUGUAGUUGUAAAUUGCAUAAAAGAGGCUGUUAGAGUCAAGUUGUGUAGAUUUGGUUAUCCUAGGAUUGAUGAUGUUAACAUGCAUUUAUACUUGAACUAG